CGCCGAGAGGCCCCCGUGCGCCUGCGCGAGCCGGGCCCCCUUAGGCCGCUCCUGCCGCCACCAUCACCGUAGUCGGCUGCGUUGAGCGGGACCGGCUGGUGGAGCCGAGGAGCGCAGCAGCAGCAGCAGCCGCCGGCGCCCCGCCCCGUCGGUCCCUGUGCGCCACCGUGAGGGGCCGGGCCGCCGCCUCCUCCUCCUCCCCCUGCCCUUCCCCGCUCCCCUUCCCCGCUCCCAGCCGCGCCGCUGGCUCCCCGGGGGUUCUGCGUCGGCAAAUGGUUGGGCCGGAGGAUGCCGGAGCUCAGGGCGGCGCAUCCUUGCUUCCCUCGGGCCGGGAGAAGGAGGAGGCGGCGUCGCCGGAGGAGGAGGCGAAGGGCGGCAGCGGCGACGACGACGACGCGGAAGCGGACGGCAGCCGAGAGGGUGCCGGGGCCCGGCUGCGCUGCUACCUGGCCGGCAAGAGGCCACCCAACGGGGACGCCUGCGGCGCAGGGAGGAUGACCAACGGGGACGCCGGCUUCCUCCUGUCGCCGCCGCCUGCGCCUCCUCAGGGGGGCACGUCGAGCCCCUCGGAGCCGCCGACUUCGCAAAGCACGACGCUCCACAACGGCGGCUGCGCCUUUUUCCUGCCGGUGGCCCAGAGCGCGGUUGCUCUCGAGGAGGAGCCGCCGCCGCCGCCUCUGUCGCUGAAGAGCUGCGGCCUCGUCGCCGCCGCCGCCGCCGCCCCGGCCAUGUCUCCCUCGCCCUCUUCGUCGUCGUCGUCCGCUUCAGGGAGCCCUUCUCCGGCUUCCGAGGAGGCGGAGAGCCUGGCCUCCCCGUCGGCGAGGGCUCUCCCGUGCCUGCCCUCGCUGGCUUUCAUGGACAUCAACCUCAACUCCCGCAACACCUUCGAGGUGAGCCGUCGCCGCAGCGCCCCGGAGCAUUUGCAGCCGCAGCAGCCCCCGCCGCCGCCCGCACUCGCCUCCGGCGCCAAUGCAGCUGCCGCCGCCGGCUCCGAGCAAGGGGACCGGGCGAAGCGGCUGGGAGGCCUCGCCAGCUCCAGCUUCGCCGAAUUCUUCACGAGGAACUUCUUUGCUAAAAGGACAAAGGAACUCAAACCUGCUGUCCACAGUGCUCCUGGCUGGAAGUUGUUUGGAAAAGUCCCACCGAAAGAAAACGUACAGAAAGACUCCAAGAUAAUUCAGCAGGAUGAAAGUUCUGGCAGUGUUGCAUCAGUAUCUACACUCAAUCUAUUAAACACAGGGGAGUAUGAAGCACGAACAGGAAAAACAUGUAAACCUGUACCCCAAGCGACAAGACGUAGACACUUUGAAUUUGAGCCACUUUCAACUACUGCUCUUAUUUUGGAGGAUCGACCAUCGAACCUUCCUGCAAAAUCUGUAGAAGAGGCUUUACGUCACAGACAAGAAUAUGAUGAAAUGGUGGCAGAAGCAAAAAAGAGAGAAAUUAAGGACGCACAUAGAAGGAAGAAAAUAAUGAAAGAACGCUUCAAGCAAGAGGAGAACAUCGCUAGCGCUAUGGUGAUUUGGGUCAAUGAAAUACUGCCUAAUUGGGAAACCAUGCGUUCUACAAGGAGAGUUCGAGAAUUGUGGUGGCAAGGGUUACCUCCAAGUGUUCGUGGGAAAGUGUGGAGUCUUGCUGUAGGAAAUGAACUGAAUAUUACUCCUGAACUCUAUGAAAUCUUCUUAUCUAGAGCCAAGGAACGAUGGAAGAGUUUUGGGGAGAUGGGUGCUGAGAAUGAUGCAGAAGAUGCUGGAGUAUCAGUUGCUGAUCGGGAGGCUAGUUUGGAGCUAAUAAAAUUGGAUAUAUCACGCACAUUUCCAUCCCUCUAUAUUUUUCAGAAGGGUGGCCCUUAUCAUGAUCUUUUGCACAGUGUCCUGGGAGCAUAUACAUGUUACAGACCAGAUGUAGGAUAUGUCCAGGGAAUGUCCUUCAUUGCUGCAGUCCUUAUUCUCAAUCUGGAAGAGGCAGAUGCGUUCAUUGCCUUUGCAAACCUCCUGAACAAGCCAUGCCAACUGGCCUUUUUCCGUGUGGAUCACAGCAUGAUGCUGAAGUACUUUGCAGCAUUUGAAGUAUUUUUUGAGGAAAACCUCCCCAAAUUGUUUCACCAUUUUAAAUCCUACAAACUUACCCCUGACAUAUACUUGAUAGACUGGAUCUUCACCCUGUACAGCAAGUCACUACCCCUUGAUCUGGCCUGUCGCGUCUGGGAUGUCUUUUGUAGAGACGGAGAAGAAUUUUUGUUCAGAACUGGAUUAGGAAUUCUUCGGCUAUAUGAAGAUAUCCUCCUGCAGAUGGACUUCAUUCAUAUAGCACAGUUUCUAACAAAGCUACCUGAAGACAUCACGUCGGAGAAGCUCUUUACUUGUAUUACAUCUAUUCAGAUGCAGAAUAGUAACAAAAAAUGGGCUCAGGUGUUUGCAUCAUUAAUGAAGGAUAGCAAAGAAGGAGACAAGAACCAUAGUCCAGCACUAAAAAGUUAAUUUCAAGUUUAUUGGAAAUAAUAAAGAAACCACUUGCUUGUUAAAGGAUUCUAAACAUCUUAUCAAUGAAAACCACUAAGAAGAAACAGCUUGGGAAGACCUAAGGAAGAGACAGUAUUUGACUGAGUACAGUGGUGGAAUUUGAUGAAAUGUUCACCCUGUUGCCAGUAUUAAAGAGCUUUUUGUGGGAGGAGCCCUUUUCACAGGAAGCAAAACAAUAAAAACUUAUGAAACUGAGAAAGUGGCUAAUGCAUAUUUAAUAUUUAAAGUUGAAUGCAAUAAAAAUUUGUAAUAACUUUUGUUGGUACUUUAAAUUUUUAGGGAUACCUUUUUUAUGAUGAUCACAAAGGCACUUUUGGGAGGAAAGCAGGCGUUUAAAAAGUAAGGCCCAAAAACUGCUACCUGAACCAAACAUUUUGGUACAAAUACCUCCAAAAUUAACCAGUGAAAUUCUUAGGACCAAAUAAGUUUUUUUGCUUUGGUAUACAUGCCAGAUAAUAGGAGGCUUUAUAUAUGUCUUGCUAAACUCCUUUUAAACUGCAGCUUCACUCUUCGGUUAAAUGAAUGUACGUAAGGUGGAACAGAGUAUGCUGCGUCAAGUCUUGCCGCAAAGUCAUUGGCAAAAAGUCUUUUGGCCUAAAGAUGGCAGUGGUUAAGAGAACUAUUUUAACUGUGUGCUUGUAUAAGCAACUGAUGGGUUUCUGGAAUUUUGCUUCCUGAAGUACUUGGUAGGUAGCUUGCUUACAUUACAGAAAAAUUGGAUUCCUAUUCCACGAAAAUCAGAUCAGUUCUUGAUUUAUUUUUUAAAUCAAAGUGACUUAUACUUGAUGAUAAACACUAGUAUAAUUAAUAAGCUAGUGACAAAUGCUUUUGCACAUUUUAAGCAAUGUUAAUGUGAAAGUUUGAGUCCCUGUAUAUUAAAACCUUUCUCACUUAAAUGCAAAAUGGAAUAGUUUUGAAUUGCAGUGUGUACAAUAAUUAAUACCCUAAAUCCAUACUGUCAGUCACAUCUAACAUCAGCACUGUACUGUAAAUGUGAUCUAUGGAAGCUCUUAAACUUCCUUCACACUCCAAAACAUUUUAAAAAUGACAUUUGAACUGGAGGGAGAUGGAAAGGAUACCUCUUAAACUCUGAGCAGCUAAUGCUUGUUCUUUCUAAAUCCAUUUUGAUAGUAUUAAUGUAAAUAAAAAUGCAUUAUGAUUUUUUUUUGUACCUGGUCCCUGUACGUGGAAAUGAAGUGGAAAUUUAUCAUUGCAUUAAAAAAUUGAAAGAAAAGAGAGACUACUUCAGCUGUCAAGUGUUAAAAGAAGUUGCAGAACCGGUUUUAAAGAUUUGGGUUACAGUAUGUUGGAAUAUUUAUGUAUCGUUAUCAGAUUUAAAACUACACUUUAUAUUACUUACAACAUACAAUUUGAAGUUAAAAUGUCUUUCUUUUCUUAUGUAUUUACUUACUUGGUUCCCGUGUAUGUCCUCUGUUUGGGUUCUCUUGUACAGUUUUCUUACUUUUCAAGUAUACACAUGUAUAUAAAUUGUAAAUAGAAGGUAUUUUGCCUUCAUUCAAGACCACUAGUAACUAUUCCUAUGUAAAUAAAACUUGUAAGCAGAA